AUGCAAAUUGAGGGAUGGAAUGCUACCGCGCAAGCUUACGACGCAUCCUACAACAAUCCUGUUGCGAUCAAAUGCAGUGAACAGAUUGCUAGCGAUGAGCUCUCUUCCAUGUCGAAAAUGUGGCGAAAAGAUGGAGAAGAGCAUUUUAGCACUGACAACAUUGUGUUCAUCGAGAAUAAUAAGAGUAUAUUGUUCACCAGCUUAACACGUGAUGACAGUGGGAUCUAUUCUUGUUGUGUGAAAUCUCCCCCGGAAACGUCGUAUAAGUGCAUUGAACACUUGCUGACUGUCGUUGGUGGAAGCGUCGAUCUUACUACGAUGCUUCUGCACAAAACUAAUGAUGGAGAAGCUCGAAAUGCGACAACGUGGAGUGUUCUAAUUGCGGAUGACCACAUAUUGAAUGCUAUAGAAGGAGACACGUACUACAUAAAACUUUUUGAAGAGAAUGUAACUGAUGUCAGCUGCACCAUGGACGGAUCUAUGGUGGCUGAAGUUGAGACGACGCAUAUCCCUGCUGAAUAUGGCGAUAUUCUGAUACGUUCUUUCAACGGAAGCAUAAAUACUGGUAACUACACCUGCAAUGCUUCCUAUAUGCAAGAUAAUUCGACAAAAGAACUGCAGGUGUACUUUGCGGCUAUUGAAUCACCAUUACCAAAUGUCUAUCAGGAAGAACUUGAUCAGGACGUUGUUUCUGGAUUCACAGGAGCAAAAUUUACCAACAGCUUUCUUUUCUGUGUAUAUUUGAUUGUUAUGUAUCGUAUGUAA